GUCAAUAAAUAUCAGUCGCCAUAACAUUACUCACUCCUAUGUAGAACACUACAAGCCGAGAAAGUUCUAUCCUUGCAGGACGUAUAAUUUCCCUUUUCUCUUCUUCUCCCCUUAACGUGAGCCGAUUCGCUAACCUGCACCAUGAGCUUACUUGACAAGCUCUGGGACGACACCGUUGCCGGUCCCCGGCCAGAUAGUGGCCUCGGGAAGCUCCGGAAGUAUUCUACUUUUAGUCAGCGUUCAAAUUCCGGCAAGGAAUCAGAAGUUUCAACACCGAGAUCCUUUACUGAGGAAGCAAGUGAGGACGCGGUGAAGGUGACGAGAAGUAUCAUGAUCGUAAAGCCUUCCGGGAGUCAGAAUAGAGAUUCACCUCCCGUUUCUCCGGCCGGUACUACUCCUCCGGUAUCUCCUUUUUCUGGUUCUUCUGGAAGAGAAGCAUUUCGGUUCCGUCGGCGAUCAGCGUCAUUUGCAUACGAGAAUGCCAGUGGGGUUGGACCCAGAAGCCCUCGUCCUCCUUACGACCUGUGAGAUAUAGUCGGGUUCUCCUUUUUUGUUUUCCUUCUUGAGGCGGCUGAAUGUAGUAUAGCUUAGUCGACAUUACUCAACAUGUUCCUCGUUGAGAAUGUUGUUUUGUGUGGACUUGUGGCAAGUGGUGUUUUGUUUGCUUAAUUUUGUAUAUAGUGCAAGUGGUUCUUCAUCUUGCCGAUGUUGUGACGAAGGUUUAGCACAAGAUGUAAACGUCCAAGUUCGUCAUGUAUUCUGCUUUGUAUUACGAGUUUUCCCUUAUAAUGUUAUUUUGAUUUUUGCGUCUCUUAAACGUUUUUUAUUA